AUGUGGGCUUCCUCGGCACCUGUGGAUGAAGCCGAUGCCGUGAAUCUGGACACCACCACGCUCAUAGCGCUCACCUCCAACUUGUCCCACGGGCAGGUGGGAUGGAGGUUUGCUGACCCGGAGCUGGAGAGGCAGGCGACGCAGGAGGCCCAGGAGCCCGUCUUGAAGCAGCUGGAGCAGCGCUUGGCUGGGAGGAAGCUCUGCGUAUCUCGACGAGCUUUGUCCACGUACCAGCAGAUCGUGCAGCGCAUGGCCGGCCCGGAGGAAAGAGCACGUGCGAGCAGAGUAGUGGCUGCCCUGACCAUUCUGGAAGCUGAUCCCGUUCGCGGAAUUUCUACGUCCAAGACAUUGACACCGCCCAUGUUGGAAGUGAUAGCGGUGGGCCUUGAGAAGAACAUGCCCACCAGCAUGAGCAAUGCAAAGGUCAUCAGAGCGCUUGAUGGCAAGGCGCUCAUGCUGCCACCUCACAUGCCUCGAGCGCUCACAGAGGGCAAGCAAGCAGACCCAGCAAGCCGACAGCACCUGCUGCAGGGAGACGAGCUGGAGAAGAUGUUUGACAACAUCGUAGGCGAUGCAGAGGUCUCAGCUGGGGUGGGUCUGACAGCGCAGGUGAAGAGAUUUUGGAGCAACGCGGACCUGAUGCGGAAGCAAACAGGUGCUGAACGGCGUGAAAGCAAAAGGCGCAAGCUUGCCCAAGACGAGCAAACCUGCGCCCCAGAGUCGGGAGAGGAACCGGGGACUUGCUCCCGGCCUGACACUGCCUCGCUGGACCUUGCAGCGGGCCAGAUCCUUGCAGAUGCCGCGUUCAGUGAGAGUCGGGACACCACAAAGAAGCGAAAGCGCCCUGCAAAGGGUGCAAGAAGGCGCAAGCUUGCCAAAGAGCAGCUAACUUGCUCCCCAGAGCCUGAUGAACCAGGGACUUGCUCCCCAGAGCCUGACGAACCAGGGACUUGCUCCCGGCCUGACACUGCCUCGCUGGACCUUGCAGUGGGCCAGAUCCUUGCAGAUGCUGCGUUCAGUGAGACGUGUUCGGAGUGCUUGGCGGCCCUCAGAAAGGAGUGCACCGCGGCUCUGUCGGGGCCGGAGUUUGAGAUGAAGCCCUUCGAUUGGAGCCCAGAGCCCACCUUGGUGGCCUUCGGCUCUUUUGCGCAGGGCACGGCUUUGAAAACCUCCGACCUCGAUGUGCACCUGUCCUUCCAGCAGUUUGCAGUCCGAAGGAAGGAGCGCCAGGUGCAGUACUUGAGAGCGAUCGAGUCAUCUCUAAGCGGAGCAUUUCAGGUGUGCAGUCUGAUCGACACCGCUAGAGUGCCUGUUCUUCGAUUGUCCUACAAGGAGCUGCCGGUGGACCUGACCAUGGGCGAUGCGGAGGACUGCGGGUCGGUGGACGAUGCCAUCUCCUCCAUCCUGGCGGCUGGACCCAGGGCACGCCAGCUGGUGUGCUUGGUCAAGGCUUUUGCAAAGGCGAACGGGCUCGUGGACGCCUACAACGGCUACUUGAACUCUGUCUCCUGGGUGUUCCUCUGCAUCAGCUUUCUCCAAGCCGAAGGAUGCCUGCCGGCCUUCCAGGAGACCCCGACAGAUCUCCACGCUGUACAUUUGAAUGUGGAGACCUUGAGCAGGGCGUUGGGCUUCAUCGCUAAAUGCUGCAGCCGGAGACAUCGCAUUUCUUUAUGCAGGAGCACCCUCGGCCUGAGACCGCACCGCGGCCGCGAGCGGCUCUUCUUGGAGCAUCCAAAGUUACCGGCGAGGAACUUGGCCUACUCUCUGCGAGCACCUGCGCCAAAGCAGAUCGCCCGGGCCUGCGCUGCAGCCCAACUGCGGCUCAGAGCUCAUGGCCCCAACGAGAUCUUUUGCAUCGAGACCAAAAUGGCCGAGGAGCUCGCCCGGCAAGCCCCCAGGAAGCAUCCUGGUGAUGGCCAGAAGUCGUCCUCCGUCAAGGCUGGCGCCAGCGCAGAUCCGGGCUAUGCCUUCAGUUCGGCCGGGCUUCGCCUGGCCAUGGAGCUGGACAGGCCACCGGAAGAUCCUCGCAAGAGAAGCGUUCCAGAGCGCAGAUUGGAGGAGCCUCAAAGACUUGGGUUGCACUGGCUAGUUCUUGGCGAUUUCGAGCAGCUAGAUUUGCUGGAUGAAACUCCCAUGUCUGCGGUGUACCGCUUGCGCCAUAGGCGAACAGGGGUGACCGUGGCCGGCAAGAGAAUUCAGAAGGGAAGCGAGGUCCACCGAUCCGGUGACUACUUGAACGAGGUGCAGAUGCUUCAGAAGCUCUCUGCGGCCCCGUACAUCGUCUCGCUGCAUGGUGUUUGCGAGGAUGACGCCGACUUUUGGACCAUCAUGGAACUCUGUCCUGGUGGCAGACUGGAAGUGUGGCUCCGGCAGUUUCCCCAUACGGCAAGGAAGGCUGUUCUUCAACUCCUUGAGGCCGUGCACUACCUGCAUGGGAAGUUGGUGUGCCACCUGGACAUCAAGCCAGAUAACGUGCUUCUGUCCGGAGCAGGAGAGGUGCGGCUCUGUGACUUUGUCACUGCAUGCCAGCUCCAAGAUGCCGAGCAGCAGCUGGUUGGUCGAUGCGGCACGGAGAGCUUCCGAGCUCCGGAGGUGUGCCGAGGCGCGUACUCCGGUCUGAAGGCAGACGUCUUCUCCCUGGGCCGCACCCUACAAGUGGUGGAGGAGGAGUUGUGUUCUGCCAAGCAGACGUGGCCAGAGCUGGCCGACAUCAUACCGUACAUGCUGCAAGAUCCGCCAAGUCGGCCCAGGGCUGGCGACGUGAAGCAGUUUCUCUCUGGGCCCAAGCGAGAAACUCGCGCGGCGGCUGGUGGGAAACCGGCGGCCUCCAAACUGCCUGCUGCAAAAGCGAGCGCGCCGAUGCGCAAGGGCUGCCAAAGCAGCUACUGCCAGCGGCUUGGCGCUUGCAUUUGCCACGACACUGUCCCAACCGCCAUGGCUGUGAUGACUCCGCAGGAGCGACAGAGACAUUUUCGACGAUGCUCUACGCCAUGA